CUCAGCGUCCUUUACCGGAGGCAGAAACGACCGAGUCCUCUGGGAAGAACCGCCUUCGACAGAUCUGCAGGCGGAGGAUACGACGGAUCCAGAUGUUUGACUGUUAACGGGAGCAGCCGUUCCGCGCCGAUCUCAGGGAGUAACCGCGUAAAAUGGCUCGUUUCGGCACCGGAGCGGACGGCGCGGAACCGGAGGAGGACUGUUUCGAAGACGCCUUCGAUCGCAUCCCAGUGGCGUCGAAGAUGGACUUGCGUACGUCUAUAGAGGAGUGCACCAUGGCCCUGAACCUCGUCCUCAACAACAAGUUCUCUGAAGCCCUCGACCUCCUCAAGCCCUGGUCGAAGGACAGCAUGUAUCACGCUCUGGGCUACAGCAGUAUUCUGGUCAUGCAGGCCGCAAUGACAUUCGAGCACAAAGACAUUCAGACCGGGAUGGCCACCAUUAAAGACGCCUUACAGACCUGCCAGAGGUUCAGGAAACGAAACUCCGUGGUGGAGUCCAUUUCCAGCCUGAUGUCCAAACAGUCUGCGGACAGCCUGAAAGAGGAGGAGAUGCAUGCUGAGAUCUGCUACGCUGAGAGUUUGCUGCAGAAAGCCACACUAACAUUCGUCCAGGAUGAGAACAUGAUCAGUUUUAUUAAAGGAGGAAUCAAAAUACGCACAAGUUAUCAAAUCUACAAGGACUGCCAGAAUGUGUUGAAUAUGUCUCAGGGAGUGGGCGGAGCCAGCGAGGCCUUCAGGCAGUUUGAGGGCGGAGUCAAGCUGGGGAUUGGCUCCUUCAACCUGAUGCUGUCUUUACUACCUGCACGAAUCCUGCGACUGCUGGAGUUCAUCGGCUUCUCAGGGAACAGAGAGUUUGGUUUGUCUCAGCUGCGGGACGGCGCCUCCAGUCACAGUCUGCGGUCGAUUCUGUGUGUCCUGACGCUGCUCUUCUACAAUACAUACAUCUCUCUGAUUCUGGGCACUGGUGAGGGGAAUCUGGUGGAGGCCGAGGCUCUGCUGGAGCCGUACGUAGAGAGAUUUCCCAGAGGCGCCAUCAUCCUCUUUUACUCUGCUCGAAUCGCCUUACUGAGGGGAAACUUCGAGAAGGCGGUGGUGAAGUUUCAGGAGUGUAUCUCAGUGCAGCAGCAGUGGCGUCAGAUUCAUCAUCUGUGUUACUGGGAGCUGAUGUGGUGUCACUCGUUCCAGCAGAAGUGGACGGAAGCGUAUCGAUACGCAGAUCUGCUGUGCAGAGAGAGCCGCUGGUCCAAAGCCAUCUACGUGUACCAGAAAGCUGCCAUUCUCAGCAUGAUGUCCGAGGAGGAGCUGAAGGCCACCGGGGAGAAUGUGGUGGAGCUCUUCAGGCAGGUGGAGGGACUGAAGCAGCGUCUGGCAGGAAAGAGUAUCCCCACAGAGAAGUUCGCUAUCAGGAAGUCACGCAGAUACUCCUCAUCCACACCCGUCAAACUGGUGAUUCCAGUGCUGGAAAUGAUGUAUGUGUGGAACGGCUUCACCAUUGUUGGGAAACGAGCCGACGCCACCGAGAGUUUACUGGUGACCAUCGAGAGAGCAGAAGAGCAGCUGCGCAAUGAUCCCAACCCAUCUGAGUUUCAUCCUGAUGAUCAGUGUUUGGUUCAGAUGUUGAAGGGUUUGUGUUUGAAGAAUCUGGGCCGGUUAAUGCAGGCUGAGCUCUGCUUUACACAGGUGUUGAGCAGCGAGAAGUGUAUCCGCUAUGAUCAUUAUCUGGUCCCCUUCACUCUCUAUGAGCUGGGUUUGCUGUAUAAGCUGAAGGGGGAUUUCGUCAAAGCCGCCAGAUUCAUCGAGGACGCAAAACUAAAUUAUAAGGAUUAUUCGAUGGAGUCUCGUCUUCAUUUCCGGAUCCACGCGGCUCUCGGCAGUUUGAAGAGUUCACCCACAAACUCGCCAUGAAGAAGAAAAGCACAUCAUUCAGACCAAAGGCAUCGGCCAACCAGACGCUGCACACGCUCACUGUCGUCCAAUCACAGCAGCCGCUUCAUGAAUGUAGUACAACUUUUACUUUCAAGACCAAAUUCUGUCGCUCGUGUGCCUCCGUUGUGUUGUGUUUAAAAUGUGUGUGUGAAUAUUUGUUUGUUUUAUGUGUGUGUUUGAGAUUUGUGUGAAUGUGUGUGUGUGUUUGUGUG